CGCCCGGACACGGAGAAAGGAAUACAGUGGAGAUUUCAGAACAUCAAGAUUCCGUGUCGUCGUCGUGUCAGAGGUUGUCUUUUGACGUGGAAGGCCAGCGAAGUCGGUAGUCCUACGGCUACACUGAUUGCGGCGGACCCUCGGCGACCUGGACCCGAGGCGUUGCAUCCCUCCGGACACCAACUGCUAUUUAGAGGCAGCAUCUGCCUCGCACAAUCAAACUGCAGAACUGCUCCUAUCGUGUUAGCUGAGAAAGAAAACAUUUCUAAGUGUCCUGAUUCAUUGCUACUGUCGGAUUCGAGCAACGCCGCGUGCAUUACGUGGGAAGGAACCAACGGCGAAUUUAAGUUGACUGACCCCGACGAGGUGGCGAGACGUUGGGGCGAAAGGAAGUCCAAGCCUAAUAUGAAUUAUGACAAAUUGUCGAGAGCUUUGAGGUACUAUUACGACAAGAACAUCAUGACAAAGGUCCACGGGAAGAGGUACGCGUACAAGUUCGACUUCCAGGGUCUAGCGGCAGCGACGCAGCCUGCGGCUGCGGACCCAGCCGCGUACAAGUACCAAAGCGAGCUGUUCAUGUCCGGUUACGGGCACGCAAAAUUGAACCUAAUGCCGCCACCGGCCGCCUCUGUGUCGGUCUCCGUUCCAGGAGGGCUUUUCCAAUCGGCCUCCAGCUACUGGUCCACGAGUCCGGGUGCCAACCUGUACGCGGGACACCAUACGGCUUCUGGCCAUGUGCCGCCACAUUUGGGCACCUAUCCGCACUACGCAUGACCCACCGCCGAGCACUGGGGCGCCCUGGGUACGCCACGUUAACAAGUUUCUACUCGAGGGAAUUUAAACCGACCGCCGCCAUCGCGGUCUACGUGUGCCGUCGGUCUGUGGAUCCCGCGAAUAGACCAUACCUCUUGCAAUUGCUUGCAACUGUCAUGCUCCGAUGAUCGGUGAUGCCGUUUUAUCUGUCCUCUUGUAACAACUUUCAGUUGUUUAACACAUUUGGGUAACAACUGUUUGCCUCUAUUCUCGUUUCUCCUGAAAGCAUUGAGUAUUACAUUAUCGAUAUAGUUUUACAGUUUUCGAAAAUACGCGUUAGAAAAUGAAAGAUUUGUAAUUAUGUUGAACUUUGCAGAAAUCACUGUCUUAAGGAUUUUGCGCUAUAUCACGGUGUGAUAUGAGAGAUACAGUGACUUUAAUACAUUGUGAAAAUGCAGCUUUAUAGCUCUCUAAUCUACGAAUAGCAAUGUUUU